AUGUCGUUUUUGCUCAGCUCCUGUCUUGUUGCACUUACCUUGAACACGUGCCGGCGCGGAAAUGAGCAGAAGCACGGCGGCGAUGAGCAGCGUCAGGGCGAGAGGGGUCAUUUCGCUGGUCACUGGACGCUGCUACCGAUGUCUUGGAGGGGACGAAUAAACAGGGAACAACGAGUGCUGCCAGCUGGGUGGACGGUCCUCCGCAGAAUGUCGGUAAUGCGUCUGGCGAUCGUGCUGCUCGACGUGCGUAUUGACUUAAAUGUCGUCGACGCAACGCAGCUGAAGAGGGGGCGAGCAAGCCAGACUCCGACUAUGAGUUUAGCGGAGAGUACUGAGGAGACUGAGUUUGAGUCAGAAUUCGAGUCUAGUGUUGCCUCCUAG